CAUAUAAUACAAAAAUAAAUCUUGAGAUAGUGUUGGGUUCCUGGGGUCGCCAUGACGAUAUCUAUGUUGCAGAGUAUAACUGACAAAAUAUUUUUAAAGCGAAUGCCUGGAAAAUACAGGAAUCGUUAUAUUGCUAAAAACACUAUGCUGUAUUUGUUUGUAGAGUUAAAAAAAUAUAAUUUAAUAUCUAUGUGUGCAACAUUUUUUAACUAAAGUAUAAUAAAUUAUAGAUUCAGUAGAAGAAUUAGAAGAUCCUGAGUUACGUGUAAGAAUCCCUGAAAUUAAAAAUCUAUCAUCACUUGAAUCAUCUUCUUCAAGCGAGGAAGAAACAGAUUUAACAAAGACUAAGAGAAACAGAAAAGUCAACUUACAUUAAAGAAAAAAAAAGUUGAUGAUAUUUUAAGAGCUAAUAAAUCAGCAACACAUAUUAGGGAAAGCUCCCCUAAAGACAUUGAAUUUGACGAAGAAAAUCGAGACUUGGAUAAUCACGACAAAGCAGAAGUACCAGAAGCAGAUAAUCAAAAGAAGUUUGACGUAAUACCCGAAUCAGACGAGGAUUUGUUUGAUAAUAUGAACACAAAUGAUGCAGAAAACACGGAUACAAGAGCUAAGAAAAUGAACAAUGGAGAAUCGUCAGCUGUUAGAGAAAAUAAAAACACUUCAAAUCCAGUACAAAAAGUAACAUUUGAUGCAAAAUCUUCAAUUAGUAAGGAAAAUGUAUCCGAUAAUGAGACCACGAAUGAUGAAGAAGAUGUUAUCGGAGAUUUCCAUAGUGAUCGUAAGUUUAUAGGGGCCGAGAAGACAAACAAUCGAAAAUCGUCACGUGCCGAAAUGAUUAAAAAACUGCCAAAUUCAGUUAAUUCAACAAAAUUUAAUGUUAAACCCGGAACCAGUAAGAGUGGUAAUAUAGACGUACCAGAGAAUGGCCAAGAAAAAAUUCAAAUAACGUCGGAUAAACAUGUUCAAUUAGACAAUCAUCUAGCACAAUUACAUCAGCAACGAAAAUUUGAAGAAAAGAGAUUAAAAGAAGAAGAACAGGCAAUAUUGGAACGUCAAGAAUUAGAACGACAGCGUCACCGUAUGUGAGUACAACAACAACGUCGCUUACUGGAGACUCAACAACAACAACGACGCAACCGAAAUGAUAAUGAUAUUUAUCUACAAAAUGAUCAGUUCCUGUUAGAUGAUGACUUUUAUAUUUCUAGUGCAGCUUAUCGUGAUGCAAACACGGCUGAUACUCCAUCACGAUUCAUAAUAAGAAUGGCACAUGCUAUUUGGCCGACUGCAGAACUGGCUCAAAGAGUCAUCAGGAAGCAAAGCUACACUGGUGAUAGAAAAUCUCUCACACCUAGAAAAGUAGAGUUGCUAUCAUACCGUUUCGAGGAGUUUUUGAUAGAUAGGAAUUAUUCCGAAGAAAGAACAGGAUUUGAAUUAGCUAAAAUGAAUAAAUAUUCGGGUGAGUCCAUUACGUCAGCAAAGAAGAAAUUAGGGUUUUCAAAAGGGAAACAAUUAAAUUAAACAAGGAGAGUAAGCUUUUCAUUAAAAAUUAAAAUUUUAUAAUUAUUCUUUUAAAAUACCUUUUGAGCUAAGGUUUUUUUAAAAUCUACUUUUUUUUUAAAUGGAGAUAUAAUUUAGAAUUAAUAUCGGUUGACUGUUAAGAAAAUAAAAAAAAAUGAAUAACUUUUUUAUAAUCAACUUUGUUCUAUUACUAAAUAUGCUUACUUUUUAUAAAUUUGGUUUAUUGAUAACUUUCUGCUUUUGUAUAAGUAAUAUAAGAUUUUUUCUAGAUUAUUUGUAUUUAGAUAACUCAUAUGUGAUAUCUAUGUUUGAGUAUAUGUAAUAACCAAAAAAUAGUAUAACUUUAAGGAAAAAUAUUAACCGGCUUCAGCUGAGGUGUAAUUUUUGCAUUUAAGAAGAAAGAAAAGAACGUUAAAUUUAUAAAGUUUUGUAUGUUUAAAAGUUGUUACAACGGCUAAUUAAAAACACUUAAUUGUUUAUUAUUAAGUUAAUAAUUUAAGAAAUGUUUAAGAAUAUCGUGAAAUCAUUUUAAGAACUACUUAGUGUUUAUCUUCUUUUUGUAUUGUCAUUUAUUUAACUUAUUUCUGUUUAGAAAUGUUUUGUAUUAAUUUAGUGAAGUUUAUUACUAUCAAGCAAUAUUCUGUCAAAAAUAUAAAUGUUUUAAUGUUAUGAAUUAAUUUUUAAUUACUCAAUAAUUGAGUUCGAUAUUAAAUUAAAAAUAUUAAUAUCAUAUAAGAAAAAAAA